ACCAGUUCCGAUAUACCGUCAAAUGGAAUAUGUUACAAGGACACACAACGCUUCUAAAAACGCGUCGAACGGCAGUCUCGUCCUUACACCAGUUAACUCAACAGCAGCCAGCCACUCCAGUCAAGAUGGCGUCACAAACCAACCGCUGGACUACGAAAUCGUCAUCUCCCACUAUAACGAGAAACUGGAUUGGAUGAAGCCAACUGCUGAUCACAGUCACGUGUAUCACAAGGGGAAAGACAAGGGACCGCCUUUUGAUGUCUACAGGUGGGAGAAGUUACCAAACGUGGGGCGAGAAGCCCACACCUACCUGUACCAUAUCAUACACAAUUACGACAAACUCGCCGAUGUAACCGUCUUCCUACAAGGCACGGGGCCUGGGGGGCAUAGUCAAUCGUGCUUUCCCACUGCGAUAAAGUUCGUCGAGCAAGCCAAGAAACACAAGUACUGCCAGAUCCAAGGCAGCUACGGCAACUGGGGGCGCAUCCGCCACUUUGGCAAGUGGCUGGAAUCUCUUCAGAACGGCCAGAUGCGGAGAGCGAACCUGACUAUGGGCGAGUUCUACACGGCUUUGUUUGGUACCAAACCACCCGCCACAGUGCGAUCCUGUAUGACAGGAUGUGUCUCUGCUUCCAGGAAAAACCUGAGAAGGUUCCCAGUUAGUUUCUAUGAGAAAGCCAUUUCGUUUGUGAACGAUCACUCGAACCCAGAGGAGGCCCAUUACCUUGAGAGACUUUGGGCAACCAUAAUCAAUGCCAAAAAGAAGAAAAAGAGACACAUUUGAAUCGGAGACACAUUCCCACCGGAGACAUAUUGCAACCGGAGACACAUCCCAGCUGGUGCCUGUUAACCCUUGUACCUUCAUAUACAACUCUUAAGAGGUUGCCUACU